CAUGUAUUUAAAAGACGAAAAAGACUUAGAGACAGGAAGAGAGGCUAUCAGAGAUGGAAAAAGUUGACUGACGAGUAGAGGACAUGGGGAUCUCUCAUCAGACCAAAAAACCCUCAUCAAGAAGGCCUGGAACCUGCAAAGCCACAACCCACACGCCUCGACUUGGUCACGUGGCGCAGAAUCGGGCCACACCCGUGCGGACGGUGCAUAUCCGACCACUGCCCAUGCGAAACACACCCUCACGCAAACAGCACGCUCAGACCGCGCAGACUCGCAAGGUGCACACACAUCUGACGCAGACGCACAGGGCGAGCUCACAGUCUGCACCCUGCUGCCCGACGCAGCCCUAUGAGCGGUACACGGCACACAGCGAUCACUCAGGCUGCACCUUCUACUGCUAUUUCUGCUACUGCUGUUACUGCUGCUGCCUCACGUUGCUCUCUUUCUCUCUCCUCCUCCUCCUGUCUCCACCUCCCAACGCUCCUCCCUCUGCCUCCUUCUCCACUUUGUCCUCAAAUACCACUCUUCUUCCUUCCCCCUCCUCCUCCUCCCCCUCACAACCAUCAACUUCCUGUUUGGAUGAACUUUCCUGUAUCUAUCCUGAUGUCAACCUGACUUCUUCCGCUGUGUCUCCCUACUGCCCUGUGCCACCUUGUCUCAUCUCUGAUGAUUCUUUCCCUCUCUUCUACAUCCCAUCCUCUGACCUCACCACUUCUCACAAACUCACCUCCUGUUGCCACGGCUCCUCUCCUACAUCUACUUCUUCCUCCUCUUCCGUGACCUCUGACUCCGUCCUCCCUCCUCAUCAUCCUAUCCUCUGCCGGCCGUGGCCCUCUUCGCGCUCUCUUUCCUCCCUGCUCCUCUGCCCUCCCAGCUUUGGGGAUCCAGUCUUAUCGUAUGCAUCCACUUUGGAGCACAUCCCCACCCGGCCUCGGACGCUGCUGCGCCAGCAGAGCCUUCAGCAGCCUCUCAUCCACCCACCAGGCCCUGGUCUCGGCCACCCCCCCACCACAUCCCAGAGUUUGGGACAAUUACACACAGCACCUGGACAGCCUGGGGGAGGCGGGGGUGCUGGGAGAGGAGAGGGAGGUGGCGGCAGGGGUGAGGGUGGGGGUGCAGGUACACGAGGCGGUCCCAGGGGUGCACGGGGCAGCACAGCAGGAGCAGGGGCCUCUCGCAAUAGGGGAGUUGGAGCAGGGCGCUCACGUGCCAAUCCUGGCAGCUGGGAUUACAUGAUGGACCAGAUGCGGAAUCGUGGCCUGGACGUCAAGUCCUUCCUUGAAGGGAAGAUGGUGGUCCUGGCUUUGGCCAUUGGUGUGGCUGAGCAAGAUGACUUUGCCAAUAUCCCUGACCUGCAGGAAACAGCGCAGGCAGCACCACCACAACCACCACCAGCCAAUCAGGAGCCCCCUCCUGAGAAGAGGGGCAACAAGCCAGCUAACAGCCCCAAGGGCCAACCCCCUGAUGCUGAUGGCCACUCCUCCGUAACGGACCUGGCCAACUCUCUCACUGGAGACAUGGUGAUGCUGUCUCCAGGUUCAGAGGAUGAUGACGGUGAAGGGCCAAUCAGUGAGAAGCUGGGCCGGAUCCAGUUCAGCAUAGGUUACAGCUUCCAGAACACGACCCUCACUGUCAAAGUUCUCAGGGGCCAGGAGCUCCCGGCCAAGGACUUCUCCGGCACUUCCGAUCCCUUCGUCAAAAUCUACCUGCUGCCUGACAAAAAGCACAAGCUGGAGACCAAGGUCAAGAGGAAGAACCUCAACCCCCACUGGAACGAAACCUUCCUGUUUGAGGGCUUCCCUUACGAGAAGGUGAGGGAGCGCACUCUCUACCUUCAGGUGUUGGACUACGACCGCUUCAGCAGGAAUGACCCCAUUGGAGAGGUGUCAAUCCCCCUUAACAAGGUGGAACUGGGCCAGAUAAAGACCUUCUGGAAGGAGCUCAAACCCUGCAGUGAUGGCAGUGGGAGACGAGGAGACCUGCUGGUGUCUCUCUGCUAUAAUCCCACUGCCAACACCAUCACUGUGAACAUCAUCAAAGCGCGUAAUCUCAAAGCCAUGGAUAUCGGGGGCACCUCAGAUCCAUAUGUGAAGGUGUGGCUGAUGCACAAGGACAAGCGAGUAGAGAAGAAGAAGACGGUGACGAUGAAGCGCUGUCUGAACCCCGUCUUCAACGAGUCCUUCCCUUUCGACGUGCCCGCCCAUGUGCUGAGGGAGACCACCAUCAUCAUCACCGUCAUGGACAAGGACAGGCUCAGCCGCAACGACGUUAUCGGCAAGAUCUACCUAUCGUGGAAGAGUGGACCAGCGGAGGUGAAGCACUGGAAAGACAUGCUCGCUCGGCCGCGUACUAACGUCGCCCAGUGGCACGCUCUCAAGGCCUGAUCGCACCGCCCAGCUUCCUCCAUGGCCCCCUCCCGUCUCCUACUCCCCCUCCUCCCUCCCCUCCUCCCACUCCCGUCCUUAUGCACAAGACUGACUUGCUGCCAGGCUGCGAAACACGGGUACAAUUAGCCAUCUGCUCUCUUAAACCUUUAAACUCUUUUCUCUUUUAUUUCAAAAUCUCUAUUCCUCUCCGGCUCUUCUCACCUCCUCUCUUCCCGCUCCUUCAUACGGCCGUGUCUUAGUUCCUGUGUCUCACCUACUUUGCCAAUGGUCCCCCUGUUUCUGACUGUCUGUAUGUCUGUCUGUCCUUAUGCACUUUGCCUGUGGAGGUCUGAUGUUCAGUUUCUUUGUCGACCCCUUGGUUCUGAACUGCACUGCAGCCCCUGACCCAUUAAUGGUGCCAGUCCCGUGGGAUCACAGAGAAUCUUAAGUAACGAUCUAAUCUCAUAUAAUCCUAUUGUAUGACUAUUCCAGGUACACAAUACUAUACAGUAUGUACAAUAUGUACAUAUACAUAUUAAUAUAUUAGGCGAAUAGAUUGGCAGAACUCCCCCUAUACACAUGACUAAUAUACAGUAUGUUAUUCAUAGCCUGUCUGCUGUUUCCCAUCUCUCCUGUCUCUUCAUUUGUCGCCUUGUCAUCUGUCUCAAGUGUACAAUAUCCUCUCCCCAUUUCAGUGCUCCCUCCUUUUACUCAAAAGUGGUUUAAUGUUCAGCUCAAGUUGUGGAAAGCAAUCAAUACUCGGUGUGUGAUGAAUCCAGCUGAACUCAAGAUGGAGUUGUUGAUACUGCUGUCUCUUUUCUCCCUCCUCUUUUUUUUUUCUUUUUUCCUCUCUAUGCUCUUCUUUAUCUCCUUUUUUCCUUAUUGUUCCCUCUUUCUCUUCCUCUGGCACAAUAUUAGUGAAUCCAACCCUUUCUGGACCCCCACCCUCUUGUCGUCUGUGUGCUGUGGGUGCUGUGCUGUAGCUCCAACAAAAAUAGAGAUUAAAAAAUAAAAAAAUAAACUGAACUUUCCGGAAACUGGGAAAGCGGGAACACAAUAAACUUACGAAACGGAUCGCUCCUGAUUUUUCCAGACAAAAAGCAAGCCCUGACGUGGAGAGAGAAAAAAGAAGAUGAAAAAAACCAACAACAACAAAUCCCCCGUGAUAUGAUGAUGUCAUUUUUCACAGCAUCACCAACUGAGGAAAACAAUUUCAAAUCUUCCAAUUUUAAGGUGAAAACAGAAGCAAAAAGGUUGCGCUGUUUGUGCACACUUCUGUCUGUUUAUUGAUGCUAUGAAUUCUUUUUGCUGCCCUGUGCUGUUGUCUUCUGCUGAUGGGGGUCAACCUCCAGUUUUGACUGUAUGGUGUACUGCGUUAAUGUGUGCCUGCCGCUGAGUGUGUGAGCGUGUGUGUGUGUGUGUGUGUGUGUGUGUGUGUGUGUUCACAGGAGCAACACAAUUCAGACUCGGCAGAAAUCUUCUUCUCUUUUCUCUUUCUCAUCUUGUGCUCUUCUUGCUCUUCUUACUGCCAUUGUUUCCCCCGUCCUCCUUUACUGCCCUGCCUUCUGAACGAGGGCUCAGUGAAGUUCUAUCUGCACUUUUUGAAAAUGUAAUAACAAUAAUAAUGAUGAUGACAGUUUUGAUGAUGAUUAUAGUACCGGUGAAAAUUAAGGGAGGAGUAUCUGAGAGGGUGAGCGGCAGUUGGGGAGAGGAGACGUCUGCUCUAUGAUUUCAGGGUUUGGAGAUGAGGUGGAGGACACAGAGGAUGGAUGUAGGGCUCUCAUCCUCCUCUUUUUGUUCCUCUGUUUUCCUCAGUGUACCUGUGUACAAGUGUGUGCGCGUAUGUGUUUGUGUGUCAGCUACCAGACUCCUGGUGGCAGGCUGCUAGUGUCUGAAAUGUCAGGUGAGGAUGGAGAGAUCAGGCUUGUCACACGGAGGCCAGCCAACACAGUGGUGCUGUUACACAAUGUGUUGAACAACAGGGAGCAUGGUCAGAGCUCUAACCAAGAGUGUGGAUGCUCCUGCAUGAGUCUAUGAUGCUCAAUAAUUGGUGUAUAUACAUCAGACCGGCAAUACAGCAAAAUGUCAAGGCUGUGCUCCCUAUUUGGGAGAUAGAAAGCCGCAGAUCCUGUAGAUGUCAAAGCAAUUUGACGUGUGUUUUAUUAUGACUCAGACACGCCUGUAUGCAUUUAUUUCUUGUUAGACAAACGCUUGUUUUGUAGACAUAUCUAAUAAUUGUUUUGCGACCGAGCCUGAACCUGAGCUUUCUCAGAAUCUUAAUAAAUUCAGGUUGAUCACUGUCAUGCCCCUUCAGCCUUCCCCCAUCAAAGUAGAUAUAUAACCAAACACAGUGGAUGAAUAUUGCUUCAGGGGUGGAGGAGGAUUGCAUCUGUUUGUCCUACAAAGACAACUGACAGCAGCAGAGAGGAGAACAGUGAUAGCAGCAAAAUGUUUGGCUAAUCGUGGCAAAAUCUGGUUGGAUUAACAUAGGUUGACGCCCAUAGUCUGUUGAUUUGUUAGAGGCUAGAGAGGAGCAGAGAGAAUUGUGAAUAAUACAAGAGCGUAAGGAGAGUCUUCCUGGCUGAACAUUCGCUAAACCUAAUUAGAUUGAAUCACUAGGUAUUAUUACUAAAGUCAAUGCUAUCACAGAAGUGUUUUCUGUGAUGGCAUUGACUGUAUAAAAUAUUGGACUUAAGUACAGUGAUGUCACCCACUGGCUUGUGGAGUUGUUUUGAAGCCUCGAGAUUGGCAUUUUGUUCAUCGCCAUCUUGUUUUUUUGGAGCCAGAAGUAACCAUAUUUGGUGACAGGCUGGAGCUGUGGAGGAGCGAGGGGAGGAUCUGACUGAGAAGCCGAGGAAACUAUCAGCAGAAAGUUUGUCACUCAAAGCGGCCCACCUUUAUGAUGUGUAACUUUAAGCAUUAAUAAAAUGUAAACUGGUGACUUGUAUAGAAAUUCGGUCCCUGUACAGUUGCGAUGAACAGGGAAAUUAGCUAAAAAGACCAAAACCAGGCUGUAAAUGUUUAUGUCUGCUGUAAAGUUGGAGGUCUGCAGGGAUUGAAUGGCUUCUGGAGCCAGCCUCAAGCAGCCGUUCAAAGAACUGCAGUUUGUGGCUUCACUUUUUAGCCCUGGAGGUUAGUUAACAGUUAGUCAACAGUUUGAUCCAGGCUGAGAUUUAGUUGGAGACCAUACUGUAUGACUGUAUUGCAGUAGCCUCCCAUUCCAGCUUACAUUACCUAUCCAUCAGUAGUAACUGUCCCUAACAAGCAUUAUUUAGCGGUUUACCACACUGACAAUAUUCAAGAGUCUUAUUGUUCCUCCGAUCUCAGCGUAAACAUCUUGGUUAACUCUUUAUACAACAGCUAAUCCGCAUUUCCUGUUUCUUUAUGACAGCAUUUCUUUCCUCCAAAAGUGGACACCGAGUUGGUGAUGAUGUGGUGUCGCUGUUUUAUCAAAAUGCGCUCCCCCUUCAAAAAGUGUUUCACUUCUGUUAAUGCGUAGCACCCCACUUGGUGGUUAAGGUUAGAGCAAAGGGUUUGGUUCAGGCUUAGUUUAGGGGAAGACACAUAUCCCGAGUAAACAGUCUUUGAAACAAUACCUGUCUGGUCUCGAGCUUAGAGCCAAAGCCCGAGCUGCUAUCUUCUAUCUUUUUUAUGACUUGGCAGGGAAAUGAUUCAGAGAUCCGUGUUUUUAGAUUUAUUGUCAAUGUAACCAGCUACACAGCUGCUCUUCGGCUUUCUUUAUUAAUUCAAACCGGUUUGUUUAAAGUAGAGAUUUUGAGACAUGUUUUAACUGCCUUUAUGUAUGCUGUUGCUGUCUAUGCAGAACGCUGGAUUGUUUUCCCCUAAAAGGAGCGUGGUGAUGAGAGCCUCUGGAUGAUGUAUUGCCGAUUUGAUGUAUCUGGAAACAGUGAGACAGGUGUGCAAGAAAAAUGAGAUAACGAGGCUGUCUUUAAGUUUCUGUCAUUGUUCACAGAAACUAUAAACGACGGUGUAUCACAGACAGUUGUUGUGAUAUUAGAUGAUGGUCCGAUCUGCUGCUGUGCGAUACUGUAGAACCAGAUUAGACGUCUCUUCCCUGAGUGCUUGAGAGCACCACAGAGUGUACCGGUAGAUGCUCUGCUUGUCGGGCACAUUCAGCUCAGCUCGAUGUUUCUGUAACGUAAAUAAAACAAAGCAGCAACAUGAAUACUUCAGCCAUUAAGAGCUGCUCACACAGACGUCUACUCUUCCAUAGUGUACACUCGACGGUAACAGUCUGUCUGUCUGUCUGUGUUUUCACAUUCAUGAAGUCCUCUGAAGCAUAAUCCUGUCAGCUAUUCUGGAUAUGUUGUUAACUGGGGCGGCUUAGUUUUUAUGUCUAAAUGAGCAUCCACCUUUCAAUCAUCGCUCGUGUUAGACUGACUUAGCAAGCAAAUAUAAUCAGUUGUUUGUUUUGGAGUUGAGGCAUCACUGCUUCCUUUGUAGUUCCUGCUAACUCUGGCCCCAUUAAAAUCCUUUCUUAAAACAGUGAGAGCCCUGCCAUGGGUUUUAUUUUCUCUUAGUAUCUUGUGCUUUUGUGCUUGUUUUGAUAUGUCAUAACAAUAACCUGAUCACCAGGAGAGAGAUUGUGUAACUGUAGUCUAACGUGCACCAGGUUCGUCCUGGUCUUUUGUUUCUAUAAGCCGGUCCGGGCAGCACACUGUGUGCUGUGAGUGUGUUCUGGACAGUGUGUCUUGUGAGACUCAGUGCUGGCUGCUGCGAUGCACUGAUCCAGUCCAGCACCCUUCAGAACAAUUGGCCAGCCGUGGAACAGGGCCCACUGUUUUGACAGCCACUGCCUGCAGUGUCACAGCACAUUACACUCCCAUUAGGUGGUCAGAAAGGAGCAAUAUCUGUUUUCUUGGACCUGUGGGACUCACUAUUUGCGAAGGUAAUACUGGCCAAGAAUAAAACCAAAACUAUGGAGCGCUCUCAUUAGUAAGCACGAAGAGGAUGAUGGACAGGGAUAAAGGCUCGUCAGUCAAAACGAGGGAAAUAAUCAGUAGGCUGUGCGAAGCUGUGAAAACCAAACGUGGUUUGAAUGUGCAGGUGUGCAGGUGAUGAGUCAACACAAUACCUCUGCUAUUUCCUUUCACCAAGAUUACAAGUAGCUGUGAUAAAUUGCCAUGCUACGAGGCUUUACAAAGCUUAGUCAUCAGUGACCCUGUAAACUGGGGGAUAUGGCUUUAUUUUUAGUAACAUGAGGCACAGUGUGAUGUCGCUGAUCCUCGAAGGUAGACUGGAGGGCUGCAGGAUUUUACCGAGUGCUUCGGAGUACAGACUUCUUGCUCGAUAGUUCUACUUUUAAAAAGUUAAAUAGGACGGUCAUCAAGUAAUUAGCCUGUGACUGGACAAAGACAAGAGGUUACUGAGCUAAAUGGAACAGUGAAAUGCUAGAAAAUGUGUUUCUUUGUCAUUUUAUUACCCAUUGUGUUUAGCUGACAUUGGCCUCACCCAGACCCCAAUGCUGUGUAUGUAAAAAGACUAAUAACGGCAAAAUUAACCAUUUGUUCUCCUUUAAAGUGGCUAAUUUAUCUUUUAACAAUACCAAUGUAUCAAAUGACAAUGGACGAAUGUGAAAGUGGUCACACACACAUAGAGAAUUCAGCUGAAUCUGCAGCUCUCCUCGGCUUUACAGAGCUUUUUAGUGAGUUUCAGCUCAUUGUUUAGCUAUCCGGCUCACAGCUUCAUUGUCUUGGCUCACUCUCACCGCUCUUAUAACUUUAUUUUCAGUGGCUUCAGGCAGCUGAUUUAAGUGGAAAAGCUCUAAAGACCCACCGCGCACUACCUGCUCAGCAGCAAACAGCAGACAGACACAGUUAGUGUCUAGCUGGUGAACAUAGUGGAGCAUUUAGCAGCUAAAGAGCCAGAUAUUUCCCUCAGGAGCUGGUAGAGACCAAAAACAGAUAAAAGAGAGUGAAUAUUGGACUCACAUUCAUCGGGUGGACAGAAACGUAACUCCAAAUGAAUGACAUCUACUUUCAUAACUGCAACUGUUUGCUGACAAGUUUGUCAUAUCAAAAAUGAAAAUGUGAUGAUAUGUCAGUUAGGCUUGGGCAGUAUUGAGGUAUUAUGGUAUACCAGGAUAUAAGUAUAACCCCCAAGAUAUGAUUUUCAAUACCGUCAAAAGUUCAGAUGUUCAGAUGGCGAAUGUAAGUGUUGGGGAGAACGUUACAGGACUAGUGAAAAAGAAAAAUGCCUCUGCCUCUGUUUGGGAGUGUUGCCUCGUGUAACUUUAUCUUGAGAUGACUUCUUCCCACUACAAAAUGAUUUUAUUAAACACAUCAUCUUUGUUCAAUCCACAGAUGUAUCAGUAUCUGCCACAGCAACAAGUUCCAUCGGGUCCUCCAGCAAAAAGGGUGCUUAUUUCCUAUGUAUUCAUUUUUUGGUGGGCUGUAGUAUUCAAACCCAACAUGACUUGUUGUUAUAGACUGAUGGCAAGAAGCACAGCAUUGUGGGCUAGAUUUUGACAUAUAACAUACACGCUACAAUGACUUUUGUCACAAGUAGCUCAGCUUUUACUUUUUUUUUUGUUUACACAAAUACCAUCAUAUAUCAUAUAAACUGGUGAAAUAUCAGGAAGGUAGGAAGGUAUGAAAAUACAGAUAGCGCCCAAGCCUAAUUGUAGGUGAUGUGUAACUUAAUUAUUGCAAUUUUAAAUGUUAUUCUUGUCUUCUAGCUUUAUUAAAACCUAAUAUUUAGAUAAGUAUUUAAGUGCUAACCCUUCACUUUGCCAUAAACUGCAUAUUUGAUAAAAGGUAAAAAAAAAAAAACCUCAGUCAUUUCCAUAAAAUUAGGAGAAGUCACAAAGUAUCAAGCUGAUAAAAUAAUGUUAAGAAAGUUUUUAGGGUGAAAGGAAGAACUGGCGACUUGUUCUGUUGCCUCUAAAAAGUAGCAAAAACAAAGUCCUCUGGUGUGACUGUAUUAUUGCCUUUACGCUCAUAAAAUUCAGUUUCUGAAGUUAUUUACUUUUGGAAACUGCUUGUAUCACAGUGGCGUAUGAUUCAUCACAGAGUCUCCAGAAAGUUGUACUUUCCACAAAAUAACCAGAAGUCUCAAACAGAAUGUUCUCUCAUCCCCGGCAGUCAAACAGCAGCACCAUUAAAAUGGAUAGUGAGCUCAGAGCCAAACAGUAUAAAGGAGAAAGCCAUUUCCAAAUCCCACUUUUAUUAUACUGCCACCUGUCUCACACCUCUAAACGUAUUGCGUUGUGUUGGCACCAACACUGUCAGCAAUGACCUUCAACAAUCCUGAGCUCAUGAAUACAGCAUGGCAGCAUUGCAGAUGCUACCAGUCAAGACUUUUCCUUUCAGACUAACUCCACUCUGUGUACCUGCUCUCCUUGUGUUCAGCCUCCGCUCUGUCUUUCAUCAGUGUUUCAUUCCCUGGCGAAGCCAACUGGUCGGUGCAGGUGUGGAUAAUUACUGGUUGAUUACUGAGGUUUAAUUCAAGGAGACAGGCACAGCCAACACUGCCCACAACUUUGCCACUGAAUAAAGGCUCUUAAAAUUGACUUUUCAGUUAUGUAAAUGACAUUUUUAUUCAGUUUAUUAGAUUUCUCUCUUGUUAGCGUUCAAUCUGUGGGGUUUUGGAACGCUUUCUGAUCACUAUUUCCAAGUUUUCUGCAAAUGUAUUCAAUUUUAAGCACAGACAGUUUGUCACAGCCAUGUUAAACAUUAUGCCUGUUAAACACAACCCAAUCGCCAGUAAAAAUAUCGACAUUGUACAUUUCUGCACACCAUGGAUAUGUUACAUUUGCAUGUUAUUGAGCAGCAGAUACUUUAAAACUUUGAGUUUCACCAGUGCUGUGGUUAAGGUGUGUUUAGGUUUAGGCACAAAAACACUUGGUUAUGGUUAAGACAAGAUCAUGUUUUGCUUAAAAUACCUGGUUUUGGGGGCACAAUCCUGGCAGGAAUAGCAGGGACAUCUCUGUAAAUAACAUCCACUUUUCUUGCCACUAUCCCGGCUUUUUAGGCGCUAUCCCUGCUUGAAAAACAGCGACGUUUAAGUAAAAAGCAACCACUGUUCGUGCCACUAUCCCCACUUAAAAAGCAGCAAUGUCUCUGUAAAAAACAACCACUUUAAUGCCACUAUCCCAGCAGGAAAUGCAGCGUUGAUUAAGUAAAAAAACAACCACUUUUCAUUUCACUAUCCAGGUCGAAAACACAACAAUGUCUCUGGAAAAACAGCGUUGGUUGGCCACAAAACAUCCACGUUAGUUGCCUAAAAAGCCGCUGGAAACACAGCAGUACCUCCCUAAAUAACAACUGGUUUUGUUGUCUGUUGGUCUCAAACAGGGGUCUGCAGCUGGGCAGGUGUCUCGCCUAGGCAAUACGCCAUCCACCAUCCCCCCUAAAGUCAGCUCAUACACGACAUCACUUUAGAAGCACUGAUAUGAUACAUAUGAAACAUACAAAUGUAAUCGUGGUUCGCAGAACCAUACAUUUCUUCUGCAAGACAUCAGCAUGCAGCCAUUACCACUGUUAGCAUGCUGACAUUAGCAUUUCACAGAGCUGUUAGCACGACUGUAGACAGCUGGAUAUAGUGAGGAAGAAGAUUCAUCUCCAUCUUCACUCAGAUAUUUAUUCAAGGGAUGGGUGUGUCCACCCCAAAUUUAUCAUUGUCACCUGCAGCCUCUUGUCUCUGUUUGCUUUCUAAAUAACUGAAAGCUUUAUUGGCUGAAGGGGUCACACCUGUUUGCCAAGGGAUUAGCAAGAUAUUAUUCUGAGCCUGGUGAUAUUGUUUGUCCUUGUCAUACUCUCAGCCCGUUCCUUAUUCCACGACACUAGUUUUCCUUGAUGGAUAUGGCUUUCUUAAGAUGAGCGUCAAUGACUCACUGAAUUGGAAAGGUGCCUGCUUUGCUGUAGUUUGUGCGAUAUUAAAUUAAGGCUACACUGUGCUUUAUGUCUUGGAGAACUUUAGGUGUGUGUGUGUGUGGGUUAAAAUCAGGCUGUAGUAAUCUCAUCCUGGAGGGAUUGCAGUUGAUGUUUUAUUCUGCUGAAUCAUAUUAUGACAGCUGAGUCAGCCCAGAAGUCUUCUGGGUCACCUUUGUCAUUUGUCCAGUCAGUGUGUGAGUGUGUGUGUGAGUGUGCGAGUCUCGCCCUGCGCAGACAGACCUCGCCUCCCCUUACUCACCCUUUCAAUUGUUUUAAGCAUCUGGUGAAAACCAAUGUGACUUCUCCCAAUCAGGGUUCAAGUAAGCAUUAUUUGAAUGGUAACAAACACGAAUAUGAAAAACAAUAAUGAGUAAUAAUAUGUUUUUUUCUUUCUGUUCACAUUUGACUGUUGGUCAGUGUGUAUGUAUGUGUGUGCUUGGUGUUCUUGUGUUUGGUUUCUUUCUUUAUAAAAACGUGAUAAGAAAAUCCUUCUGUUUUUGAAAACUUUAUGUAAAUAUCGUUGGUGAAAAUUAACAUUUGUUGUACGCUGAGUUUUCAUUUGUCACUUGAACUGAUGAAGAAAACAAUGAUAUUGAUGAAUAACAGUGGUGAUGUUGAUGAUGCUGAAGCUGAUUAUACCUGCCCUUCUUGAAUAAGGGCUUUUGAUGUCCGCUGUAUUUUUGUUGGAGGUGUCGUGAGGUCGGGGCAAGAGAAACAAAAGGAUGGAGUGAUACCCGACACAUCCCAGGCCCGCUGUAGCAACACUGCCACAUACCUUUUUACCCCCUUUCUCAUUUUCAGGAAACAGAAACUGUAGUCUGUGUUAUUUACGCCGAAAAAAACAUCUUUGUAUUUUUAUUACAAACAUCAAAAAUGGAGCGCUCCUUGGCUGCGUGAGGAGGCUGUUCACCUCCCUGUGGAGUCAGUCUGCCCCGGUCGCUUGGCAUCACAUCUCGCCCUGUCUGCUUAUAGGCUUGGGGAUUUACUGUAAUGCCAUUGUGUUAGACAGGAUUGGCCCUGUACUGACACUGAUGAUGCCUUCCUCAUUGAAUUUGGAGUCAUUAUUGCUCUGCUGGAGGCCAUACAUGGGGAUGGGCAUGUAUGGGAGAGGGAAUAGACUCCAAGUGGAAGGACGUACAUCAGCCGUCUGACCCUGUAAAGACAAUUUGCAUGCUUGUGAUUCAGCCUCUUAUUUUGGGGUUAGACUCAUGAUUAAGCACAACUGACUGCCGUGAACUCUCCACAUAAUAUGCUCGUCUCCUGCUUAGUCAGAUAUUUGUAAGAACGCUCAAACUCCAGCAAGAGAAACCUCGGAUUAGCGCUAUAAACUGCCAUACGGCAGACGUAGUGGAAAUAAGGGUCUUUAAUAAUUAAAAAUAAAUGAGGGAGAUUGAUCUUUCCAAAUGUCCAAAAUGUGCCCUGUGCCUUCUCUGUGCCCACUGCUGCAUCUAAAAAAAUGAAAAAUGCCCAGGGCUGUCAUCCAGUUAUUUUCACUGCAGGUGUCUGUACGCCUACUUCCCUAUUUUCCAUAUGCCACAGCCUUAUGAAUCUGGCAGGGCCUGCGUACAGUGCAGGGACGGAGCUUAUCAGUUUGGUAUUACUUUUAGGACUGUCUCCGCCACAGAUGUGAUAUGGUACAGCAGAUACUCCCAGCAGCUGUCUGCAGGAAGGACAGGGGAUACAGUCCUGCCUUCAUUUGUAAUACCAUCCUUUAGAGGGAGUCCCACGGGGAGUUGGAAAACACACACACACACACACACACACACACACACACACACACACACACAAUCUGUCGUGUCUCGAUGCACUGAAAAUAAAAUUCCCUUAAAUCCAGAUCCCUUAAUAAACCUGUGUUUUUCCUUUCUCGCUGGUUGUAAAUAGACUUUGUGAUUCGGUUAGAGUGGCCUCUAACUCCUGCCAUAACGUGGACAUUUUUAAUCAGGUAGAUUAUAAGCAAUACACCUAAUUAAUCUUAACGCCAUAAACCGAAAUGCUACGUACCAAGUCUGAUGGUGACUCCUUUUGCGUUGAGGGUGAUGUCGCGGGUAACACUCCCUGUUUCUUCACCUCCUUUCUCAACUUGCCAUGGCCCACCUCUUCAACAAAGAGUGCUCUAACUUAAAACACACAAUUGUGAUGUGUACAAUCUAAUUUAAUGUAUUUAUUUAUGUAUUUUUGCCAACUUUGUAUAGUGUAUAAAUAUCUAUAAAUAUAUGAAAAAUGACAGUACUGUAUAGAUUUUAGCUGCCUGGUAAGGUUAAUAGUAUAUACUUGGUAGACUAAAAGAAAAAGCGUAGAGCUGUUCAAAAGCCAGUCAUUGAGAAAAUGCUUUCUGUAAAACCUGGUGCCACUGGCUCUUUUUAUAUCCUAGGUUUCGUUUCUGGUUUAUUUUUUUAUUAUUGCCAGUGGGAUCCAAAGUGUGUGUUGUUUCUUCUUUUUUCGUCCGUUCGUUUGUUAAUGGGUUCGUUUUGUUGUUUUUUUUAUUUCCUUGACGAGACACAGCGAGGUUCUGGCAGCCAGGAGAGUGCAGUGGAACGCAGACUGGGACCCUGUGCAGUAGUGUAUGUGUGCGUGUGCGUGCGUGUGUGUGUUUUAGGUGUGCGUCCGUCCAUGGUAGUGCUAGUGCUCUCUGUGCAGUGCCUCCCUCCUCCCUCCCUCUCUGAUGUAGUUUGUCAUGUGACGCAGUGUGUGUUAAGGUGCAGGAUGACUGUUGGCUGAAGCUGGCAGAUGCCCUCUCUUCCUCGUUCCUCUCUCUGUGUGUCUCCUCAUGUCCGCUCUGCUUCUUCAUUACGCUUCAUCUUAAUCCUCCACCAAGUAUAGAUUUCCACUUCCUCUGCUCAAUUGCUCAUUUACUCUCCCAUUCAGCUGGUAAUGCAUACACCACCAGAGUCUAAUUUCCCAGUAAUCCAUGCUUCCUCAUCUAUCUGCGAUUCUUUGUCCAUUAGCAGCUCCCAUCCGUCACCCUCCACAUCACCUUGUUUUUCCUGCAGAGCUCUGUGGACCAGAGAAUGAUUUAGCACAAAAAAAGAGAGCAUCCUCAUCCCACAUCGCACCUUCGUGUUUCUUCUUUUCCUCACGGUGUUGUACUUUUAGCCUCCUCUCUGAGGAGAGGGGCAGCUGCCGGCUCAGCACGCAGAAACACAAAGCAGCCAUAUUCAGAUGUCAAGCACAGACCUGUGACUCAAAUCUAUGUUGUGGUGGCGCCACCGCCGCCCCGUUUGUAGCAAAGAGAAAGAGAAUAGCCUUAAAGAUUGGACCAACUACACAAAAAAAGAGUAGUGGGAUAUGUGCAUUUAUAGUGGACUAUUAUUACCUUCCCUUUCCCACGCCAGAUUUAUUACUCAGUAUUCUGAUGUGUUGCUUGGUUGCUCUGUACAUAUCUGUGUAGUACUUCUGUUGAUGUCCCUGUGUUAGGAUAUAGUAACGGGUUCUUACUGGGCGACCUCGGCAGACGUCCUCUCCCUCCUGUCUCGUCUCAUUUCCUCAAAAACUUCAAACAUUCCAUCUAAAUCUCAAGUGAGAAACAUUUUAAAGAUGAUUAGAUUAUCAUGCAGGCUGGGAGUGACACAGCAGAGGGACCGAACCACAGACAUUUCCACUGGAGCCAUGAUAAUAACCAAGACGUCUUGUCUGUGCUCCUGUGUCUCUGAGAACUGGCGGCACGCUCAGCAUAAAGACCGGCACACUCGCCUCUCUGCUCCUCUGAAAACCUGCUUUCACGCCAACCUCACCGGGCUCUGAGAGGUCAGUGGGUCACCGACUGGUUUGAGGAGCCGCUGAUCUCCAGAGGGAGUCAGUAGGGUGAGGCAGGUGAGGAGGUGGGAGAGCCCUGGGAGGCAGCAGAGAGGCCCGUCCCUGCGGUCACAUCGUGGGUCAGAAGGGAAGGGAGCAAGGGCGUCUCAAGGUCACACCCAGUAGCACUUUGGUUUUGCGUUCCAUGUUUUUUUAGCCUCUCCUGUUUUUUGGCCGAGCGGACUGUGAUCUUAAUGGUUGAUUUUCUCGUUCUCCUCCACCCAUCAGUGUUACAGAGUGUGUUGGGUGGAUGGAGCCAUGGAGCUGAGCUCUGGUUUUGUUCCAUA